AUGAAAGCCUUUCACAAGGUUUUUCAUGUGUCGAUCCUGAGAAAGUGUCUUCACCCUACAGAGAAGUUAGUAGCUAGGACUCCAGAGGAUCUUCAGCCAUAUUUGACAGUGCCGGCAGUGCCUGUGAAGAUUUUAGAGAGGAGGGAAAAAGUUCUAAGGAACAAGAGGAUUCCCUUACUGAGGAUUUUAUGGGUUUGCAAUGGUUCUACAGAGGAGACUUGGGAGCAAGAGGCAAAGAAGAAGUUGAAGUUCAAGAACUGGUUCGACAAGCAGGUCGAGGAGUGA